CAAGCUGCAGGCCUGCACUCGGGAAAGGAGGAGGAGGAAGCUGGAGGCUCUGAGGGAGCAGGCCUCCUGGCGUCUGGUCUGAGGAUGGCCGAGAAGCAGCAGGGCUCGGAGCCUGAGUGCCCUGUCUGCUGGAACCCCUUCAACAACACGUUCCACACCCCCAAAGUGCUGGACUGCUGCCACUCCUUCUGCGUGGAAUGCCUGGCCCACCUCAGCCUGGUGACUCCAGCCCGGCGCCGACUGCUGUGCCCCCUCUGUCGCCAGCCCACUGUGCUGGCCUCUGGGCAGCCUGUCACUGACUUGCCCACAGAUACUGCCAUGCUCACCCUGCUCCGCCUGGAGCCCCACCACGUCAUCCUGGAAGGUCAUCAGCUCUGUCUCAAGGACCAACCCAAGAGCUGUUACUUCCUGCGCCAGCCCCGGGUCUACACGCUGGACCUAGGUCCUGAGCCUGAGAGCCAGACUGACGACCCCCAGGCCACGGCCCCUACCAGCACGCCUCUGCCCGUUCCCAUCUCCAGCCACUACUCUCUAAGGGACUGUUUCCGUAACCCUCAGUUCCGAAUAUUUGCCUACCUGAUGGCUGUCAUCCUCAGCAUCACUCUGUUGCUCAUCUUCUCCAUCUUUUGGACCAAGCAGUUCCUUUGGGGUAUGGGGUGAGCAUCUGUCCCAGACAAGGAACAAAGACUUUCUCAGCUGCUGCUGGGCACGGGGACUGCAGCACCUCGUGGGGUCGUUUUCCUUUGUAGUAUUCAUUUUUACACUCCACGGGUCAGUUAGUUCAUGUGUUUGCUUCUGGGAACAGAUCCUACUAUAAUGAGAAGCUCUGAAAGCGAAAGGGCUGGGAGAAGAUGUGAAGAGACCUCUGGGUGAGAACCACAGGGUCACAGAAGGGUAGAGAAGCAGAUCUGUGAUUACAGAGCUCCAUAGCAAGUUGUGUCAAAGGACUGGACAAGUCUCCAGGAAGCUGACUAGCCCAAAUAGCAGGCUGCAUUUCUCACUGGAGCUUUUGAACUUGGUUCGCAUUUUUUGAGUUGUUCGCGUUGCUAAAAAAUUUGGAAAGUGAGUUUCAAUUCUGUGAGCACACGUGCCUUCCUUCCCCUUGCAGCUUUUUCUUUCGAUGUGUUGUCACCAGUUCUAGUAAAAAUGA